UUGGAAACAUUACCAGGACGAUGAGAUGGCCGAAUCUCAGAACGAGGGAGUGGUUGGGCAGAAGAACGACAAGGCUUGGGAAUGGUUCACCGCUUUGAAGAACACGGACCCAUGGUUCGAUGAAGAAGAAGAACAGAAGCAACAGUAUGAGGAAUUGGAAUCAUGGUUCAGUGAAGACCAAAUCGCAUGGGCUCUUUCCGCGAACUCUGGGGACGCGACUUCUGCAUAUGUCCCAGGCUCCUAUGAGGAUGCGGCAGCUGAUGAAGAUUGCGAGGGCAUCCGGAUCUAUGAGGAGGCUUUGCUCCGAGCAAAAACCCUACGUCUUGGAGAAUAUGAUGAUGAAGAGGGAAAUGAAGAGGCUGAACCUCCUCGCAAGUCACAGAGUCGGGCGUCUGAGAAGCCGAAGGACUCAUUGACUACACCGUCUCCAAGGCCAA